AGAAAAUGGAGAAUGUGAGUACCAGUUGUUUCUUUACAUUUCUUACCUAAUGCUGGGUUUAAUGAUAAAAUAGAAAGGAAGAACGCAGUUUUUGUAUAAACCUGUUAAGUACAUAAAGCCCAUGCCGAUAAAGCCAACUGCAGCAUUAGUGAAUGAUCGACUUUCAUUGAACCAGGAAGGAAUUAGGCAAGGACCCAUUUUACUUGAAAAUAAGUGCUUUACGAAUAAUUCUGGUCUGAAUUUAAGUGGUUCAGCUUUUGCAAAAUACUCAAACGAGAACACCAAUGUUGCAAAAGUGGUAAAAACCAAGACACCGAAAGAGUCCAAUGACUCUAGUCCUGUAACUAAGACAUCAGGGGAUGCUGAAGAGCUUAAAGAUGAGCUUUGAGAUAGGAGCACUAGCAACUGCGGUCUCUACAAACCAUUCGAAGGAAAAUUUACUCUCAGGAAGGAUGUGGUUUACAAGAAUCUUUUCAGAGCUAUAAGAGCAACUGUUUGGGAUGAUUUUGUUAAUAUAAUGCCUCAUGAAAAAUACUCUCGCGGCAGGUCAGGAUGCACUUUAUUCCAACAGAAAGUUAUGGAGUUCUACCUCAAACACACAAAUUAUAAAGAAGUAGUCACUAAGAUCUUUCAUGAAAGUGCUGGAGGGGAAGUAGCUUUUGUAGAAAUUUUAGCUUCUUUCAUGACGUCUAGAAUAUUUUUCAAGACUAAGUCUGUACAAACUCGUAAGAUUGCAAAGGACAUCAAAGUGAUUGUAAAGAAUUAUAAGUCAAAUCUGAUGAUGAAAAUAAUGAAGCAUGAACGAUUAUGGCUGUUUUUCCAAGUUCUUGAUGAAAGCGGAAAAGCUCUUGAAAUCAUCAGAUCCAGAAAUGCCUGGAUGACAGAUGAAAAUAGGAAGAAAGCUGUGGAAGACAGGUACAUGGAGGGUAUCAGAACUAUCGCUAAUUAUGGAAGAGACCGCCAAUUGUUAUCAAAUUAGACAGAAUUUGAC